CGCUCUGGCGCUGGCCACGGUCGCCGAGCGCUCGGCCGCAGGGCGGCCGCCGACCGGUGGGCUGUAAGGGGCGCGCGAACGGGCGCUGGGGGCUUCCGCGCCGGCCAGCGGGGCCAGCACUGGGCUGCGAAAGUUCUGCGGGCGCGAGGCCGCCGCUCUGCGCAGGGCCGGGGAAGGAAAGGAUAUGGAGAAGUCAGAACUUGAAGCAGAGAAUGGGAUUGUUUAAAGCAAUCAAAUGACAAGCUUGAGAAGAAAAGGUUUACUGCUGUGUCUUCAAAUCAAGAAAAUGGAACUACUUUAUGAUCCAGCAAUUCCACUCCUCGGAAACCACAAAAUACCUGUGGACUAGAUCUAAAUCAGGAGCCCAGAUGAACUUAAAGAAGCUCGCAUGGGAUUCUUAGUUUUUCAAGAUCCAUACACACCAAACUAUUAAUCACCACGACUCUAGUGUCCAGGCUUUCUCUGGUUUUGUGAGCACUGAACAAAACUCUGAUGAUGGAAAAGCAAAGGACUUAAUUACUCACUUUGAUAUCAUCUGACGUCAACAGAAAAGUGAGCCAGACAGAAGUGCAGCCAUGGAAAGAAAUUCGAGUUUAUGGAAGAAUCUAGUUGAUGAACACCCAGUCUGUACAAGCUGGAAGCAAGAGGCCGAAGGGGCUAUUUAUCAUCUUGCCAGUAUUUUAUUUGUAGUAGGUUUCAUGGGUGGCAGUGGCUUCUUCGGACUCCUUUAUGUCUUCAGUUUGCUGGGAUUGGGUUUCCUCUGCUCUGCUGUCUGGGCUUGGGUAGAUGUCUGUGCAGCUGACAUAUUUUCCUGGAAUUUUGUACUGUUUGUUAUCUGCUUCAUGCAGUUUGUUCAUAUUGCAUACCAAGUGCGCAGUAUAACCUUUGCUCGAGAAUUCCAGCUGUUGUACAGCUCCCUUUUCCAGCCUCUGGGGACCUCUUUGCCUGUCUUCAGAACGAUUGCUCUGAGCUCUGAAGUGGUUACUUUGGAAAAGGAGCACUGUUAUGCUAUGCAGGGGAAAACCUCCAUUGAUAAACUUUCUCUUCUUAUUUCAGGAAGGAUCAGAGUGACAGUUGAUGGCGAAUUUCUGCAUUACAUUUUCCCCUUCCAGUUCCUGGAUUCUCCUGAAUGGGACUCACUGAGGCCCACAGAGGAAGGCAUUUUUCAGGUAACCCUCACAGCAGAAACCGAUUGUCGGUAUGUGUCUUGGAGGAGAAAGAAAUUAUAUUUGCUCUUCGCUCAGCAUCGUUACAUCUCCCGCCUGUUUUCAGUUUUAAUUGGCAGUGACAUUGCAGAUAAACUCUACGCCUUGAAUGACAGGGUAUAUAUAGGAAAAAGAUACCACUACGAUAUUCGGCUACCCAACUUCUAUCAACUGUCAAGUCCAGAAAUGCCCAGAUCACCCCUGAUAGAACAUUUUCGGAAUUCCAGACAAUAUUGUGACAAAUGACAUCAAAGUCUGAAGUUUUAUAAUUAUAAAAAAGACUCUCUUCAUCAUUCCCCAAAUGAAAUAGCAAAAUACGGAAAAUUGAGCUCACUGAUAUUUUUAUAAAUCGAACUCAGAAGCAAGAUACCAUUGACAGCUGUUUUAUUCAUCUCAACUUCUGCAUUGUGAAUAAAUUUUUCUGUAUUUCUU